GUGAUUUCUAGUCAAAACUUAGAGGAAACAUCGAAAUGUGUCUGCGCUUGUUUUGCGGCUAUUUGUCGCUUUACAUUGGCUGCAUCUUCAUCGGCUUCACGGGGAUGCUUCUAGCUUUAAUGGUCUUUUCUGUGGGUCUAUUCGAGAUGAUCAAGGGCAAUCCGGAAACAGUGCUUGUGGUCAUGGCAAUGGUCUUUGGCAUUGUCCAAGCCCUAGCUAAAAUUCUUCUUCUCCUCGGAACGAUGUGGGACAUGUGCUGGGCCAUGCUCUUGUCCUUUUUUAUAGGUAUUGCGGCCCUGGGGCUCCUCAUCGCACUUGUGGUGCUCUUCUACAUCCUCUUGUGGGACCCUCUGCACCUCCUUCUGGGCGGUUUUCUUAGCAUACUCGAGAUGUACUACGAAUGGGUCAUCAUUUCAACCUGGUGGUGCUGUCGAUCAUGCACCCACGACUGCUAGGAGUUGCAGUUGGUUCCACUUGUUGCAUGCAUAGAAGAUACAAACAUACCAUGUUGGAGAUCGAACGCCUUGGAAUGAGCAUACUAUGCAACUCUCAGCGAUCUUCGCAUCGGAUGUAAUACUGUGAGCACCGAGAGAGAGAGAGAGAACUUGUAUUCGAAUCCCCCCAUUAUUUGUGUAUGAGGUGACUUCGUGCUCGGGUCUUCCGACUUGAGUGUCUUUCAAGUAAGUCAGUUCACUCUGAGACGCGCGCUGGAUAUGUCGUUCCUGGAGCGCUCGAGCUGUUCCUGCGAAUGAGCGUGUGUGUGCCAGUGUACCGCCCCCUACCCGUCAAGAAAAAAAAAAGGAAAUAAAAAUAUCGGC